CUCUGUGAUAAAAAGAAUGGGGAAAAAGCAAGAUUUUCCAUUUCAGGAACAAUUUUGUAACCUCCCAACCGCGCGUGUACAUCAUCAAUUUCCACCACUUUUCCAAGCGACAAUAUCAUUUUCUCUACAACAACACGACGCUCUGCCUCCCCUCGAUUGAAUAGUAAUAAAUAUGAGCGACGACGACGACGAAAUCCCGACUUUGAUCGACGUCCAGACGUCUUCGGUAGAAACCACCGAAGCGCCUGCGCAGAUCAAUCAGACCAUUACUCAGAAUCCGGAUGAGCCGGAGUUUAAGGUCCCGCUUACGAUUGUCACGGGAUAUCUAGGAGCCGGUAAAUCGACGCUGUUGAAUAAGAUUAUGCGGAAGACAGACAAGAAGAUUGCAGUUAUUAUGAAUGAAUUCGGUGACUCGAUCGACAUUGAGAAAUCACUCACAGUCUCCGAAGGCGAAAAGAACUACACAGAAUGGCUCGAGGUCGGCAACGGCUGUCUCUGCUGCUCUGUCAAAGACAUGGGGAUCGCUGCGCUCGAGUCGUUGAUGGAGAGGAAAGGGAAGUUUGAUUAUAUCUUACUAGAGACGACAGGGUUGGCUGAUCCAGGCCCGAUAGCAAACAUGUUCUGGCUUGACACCGCGCUGGCAUCCUCAAUCUACCUAGACGGCAUAAUCGUCGUCGUCGACGCCGUCAACAUCAUCCACAACCUCGACGACGUCUACCUCGACGACCACCACGACGGCGACGAAACCGAGGACACCCGACAAAAAGACGCGACCCACACAGACAAGCUAGCAGCUACUUCGACAGCCAACAUCCAGCUCUCCUACGCCGACGUUGUGAUUCUAAACAAAUCGGAUCUCGUCGACGGAAAGGCUAGGAAGACGAUCGAGCAACGGAUAAGGGGGAUUAAUGCGCUGGCGAGGAUUAUUCCUACCUCGUACGCAGAGUUGGAGUCGGUCGAGGAUAUUCUUGAUAUCAAGACGGUGGAUGAUGACGUUAGCCGCUGGGAGAACGCUGUCGCAUCAAAUUCAGAGUCGUUUCAUGAUCACAGAAUAACGACAAUCACACUCGACCUGCCCAAACUAUCAAAACCAGCAUACGACAGAUUCGACAGAUGGCUGCAGAGCCUGCUCUGGGAAGGCUACGUCGACAGCGACCAUCCCGUCGAGAUCCACAGACUCAAGGCAAAGGUCUGUCUUGACUCGGGCGAGAUGUAUGUGAUUCAGGGUGUGCGCGAUACGUAUGAUACCAUUCCUAUUAGCGGCGCGCAGGGUUCGGCGGCUGGAAAGAUUGUUUUGAUUGGAAAGGGUUUGGAUUUGGAGGUUUUACAAAGCAGCCUUAAAAGCGUAGAGUUGAAUGAGUGAGAAGUAGAUUGUCGGUUUGUACAUAGUGAAGCGUAA